GGUCGUCUCUCCGUCACCUGAAGAAGGUAAACACACGACUGAUUGGCACAGACAGGGGCACACCCGGAGUUGUUAUGUACACGCGUCUGUGAGUGUUCCUGAACUGAACGUAACGAUGAUGAUGUCUUCCUUGGCGGCUGCCUGCACCGUUAGCCUUAUCCUGAUGGCACUACCCAAAGCAACCAUCUCAAACCCAGGCGCACCCUGUAACAUAGGUAAACUGUCUUUUGCCAUCGAGAGUGAGGACGUGUCUGAGGACUGUGGAGUAGAGCUAGUGCUAGAGAGCGUGCAGUCAAUGCCAGUCUAUCUCAGAUACGACGAUGCUGAUCCGUCAAAGAAGUACACGUUGUUAAUGGUUGACCCAGAUGCCGCAAGCAGCAAGGCACCCGAGAAGACUUACUUUCUACACUGGCUACUGGAACAAGUGCCGGGCAAGGAACUGCAAUCGGGAAAGUUUAAAAACAGCGAAGAAGACGAGCCUGUGGAAACAACAUACGUGGAGAAAAUAAGUUAUAUGCCUCCUAAUCCGCCAGCAGGCUCUGGUCCUCACAGGUACCAGUUUUACCUGUACGAGCAGUCUGUCCCGACACUGAACGGCAUCCCUGGCAAAACUCGCGGCGGCUUUGAUAUGGAGGAUUUUGUCUCCAUCAAUUCGCUUGGAUCACCCGUGGCAGCCUUCGAGUUCGUAGCGGAGAAUCUCUCAAGCGGAGACCUCUAAAGUGUUGGUGUUAUGUCACUAUUAUCUCGGGAACUGCUCUGGAGUGUUAGUUUCAGUCCAGAGUAAUUACCAAUAAAAUAAAGUUACAGAGAAAUAAAGCAAAUUAAGAACUAAAAUGGGCGUGGGAUACAUUAAAGUGGUGAGAUGAACUUGUACAAGAACUACCUGUAUGUAAUACUAUACAUGUAAUCUUGGCAUGAGGAAGAGGCAAUGCUAAGUACAUUUAUGAUGAUAGAACAUUUAAUUUAACAAUCCGGAAUGUUUUGCAGUGGUUGGAUAAGCGUAUUAUUACAAUAAGAAAUGCUACGCAAUUUUGAUAUGCGAUAAAUUGAAAUAGAUGUUGGCAUCGGGAAAUACAGAAACCGUCAUCAUAUAUUGGGAACAAAUUAGCUGUAUGAUAUUAGGUAUGUUGUUGUGAGGAAUGGAAUAGAGAAUGCGGGAUGGGGGAUAAUAAAUGAAAUGUAGACUACAGUGUUGUACCUGACAGCUGUUAGCUCUGUGUAGAAAAAUUCAAAUGAGAACUCCACAAUGAAUUAUAAACUUCUGAUUAACUAUAAAAUCGACGGUGAAGUUAUAUGUGUAAUGUAUGAUCUAUAGGUUUAAAAUUCUGUUCUACGGACAUCCCCGGGAGAUUGAGAUUUCUGUUACUGUAAGAGGAUUUUUGCAAAUUAGAUCGACGAGCAAUCACAUCGAUUAUGUGUCUUCGUUUUAUUGAUUAUGAAAAUGAACAA